AUGCGCUUCUCAAUCGCAUCGUCCCUACUUUUCUUAACGAGCGUGGCUAGCGCUGCCUCGUCUUGGAGUUUCACCGAUGGCUCCGUCACUGUUGGCUCCAAGAGAGCCCAGGGCGUUACUGCAAAGUUUAGCGACCAGAAACCUGCCAAGAAGUCUCUUGUGCUAGGCAAGACAGAUACCAUCAAGGUCUCGUUGACCACAACCGAAGCUGGCGAGCCCAAGCGACCUCACCAGGCAUUCCUCAUCCUUACCGAGUCAACUGGCCUCGAGGCCCCGUUCCCUCUCAAGAUGAAGGCCUCUGGAAAGGGCGAAGCUGAGAUUUCACAAAAGGACCUCCCUAUCCAACUGCUCCUCUCCGACGAACCCAUCAAAGCCAACCUUGUCCUGGGAUCUUUCGGUUCAUCUAACCCUCUUAUUUCCCCCGUCUUCGAUAUCGAAGUCCAAAUCGACUCCAAUGCUCCUACACCUCAGUAUGAGGCUCCUGUUCGAUAUGGUCCCCGAGCCGAGAUCGACCAUAUCUUCAAGGUUGGCGACUCGAGUCCUCCCGUGGUUGUCACUCUCGUCUUUGUGCUCGCUAUCGUUGCUAGCGUUCCUGCUCUCUUCCUCGGCUGGCUCUUCCUUGGUGCCAACGUCAACCAUUUGCCCAAGGCCCUCAAAGCUGCACCUAUCUCUCACGCCGUCUUCUUUGGCUCCAUUGUCGGCAUCGAGGGCACGCUGUUCCUCUACUACGCCCAGUGGAACCUCUUCAAGACCUUGCCUAUCGUCAUUGUCCUUGGCGUAGUGUCGCUUCUGAGUGGAACCAAGGCCCUGAGCGAGGUCCAGAGCCGACGUCUCGCUGGAGAGAGGUAA